CCCUUUUCACCCAGCACUCUUGAUUAUCACUCUUCUGCAUCUCACAAUGGAGGAAAUCUAUGUCAGGCAUGUGGAGUUGCUGGGCUUUGAGAAACGCUUCUUCCCCAGCCAGCACUAUGUCUACAUGCUGAUGGUGAAAUGGAAUGACCUGUCUGAGAAGUUGAUCUAUAGAGGGUAUCCGGAGAUCUACACCUUUCACAAAUCCCUGAAGGAGAUGUUCCCCAUUGAGGCGGGUGACAUCAAUAAGAAAGACAGGAUCAUCCCUGCACUACCAGCGCCAAAGUGGUUGGACAACCAAAAGAGCACAGAGACCAGGCAGAGCACUCUGGCUGAAUAUUGCAGUUCUCUCAUCAACCUGCCCCCCAAGAUCUCCCGCAGCCAGCUGGUACGCAGCCUCUUCAAGGUCCGACCGGAGGACGAGAACCCACCCGCUCAACACCCUUUAAAAAGAAAUGAGACCUUUGUGGUGUCCAAUGACAAGACGAGAGACAACACUUCUGAGAUCUCUGGCCCCAUCAUAUUGGAAAGCUACAGGGUGAUUGCUGACUACAGCCACACCUCCAAGUAUGAGAUCACCCUGCAUAUUGGAGACUUGGUGGAGAUUGUGGAGAAAAGCCCAAAUGGUUGGUGGUUCUGCCAGUGUGAUACCAAGCGGGGCUGGGUGCCCGCCUCUUACCUAGAGCCCCUGGAUGGACCAGAGGAGUCGGAAGAAGCCGAUCCCAACUACGCAGGAGAACUCUACAUAACCACCAAAGCCUACAAGGCAACACAAGAUGAUGAGCUGACUCUUGAGACGGGGGAAACUAUUGAGGUCAUUCACAAGCUCCUGGAUGGAUGGUGGGUGGUCAGGAAAGGAGAGGAGACGGGACACUUCCCCUCAAUGUUUCUCUACAGAACUGGAGAGAAGAAGGAGAUGGUGUCGGAAGAGCUUGUGAUGAGAAGACAGACACCCCCACCCAGACGUUCAACAAUCCGCAAUGCACAAAGUAUUCACAGCAAAGGGCGCCAGCGCAUCAGCCAGGACACGUACCGCAGGAACAGUCGCCGCUUCCUGCAGCAGAAGGGUGGCCGGCCCAAUCAGCCCAGGAAGACAUCCAAGGCCUCCACACAGUCCCCGCUGCAGGACUGGAAUAACAGAGACAACAUGCCAAAGACAGCGGGCUCUAGUCCAGGGGGUGAGCUGAAAGGGGCUCCCAUCAUCCCCCCUCGGCCCAGUCCUGAACUCAUCAUGGAGCGCUGUACAGAGAACACCCGCAAGAAAGUUAGUGUCCGCAAAUCGAGCUAAGCUUUAAACUGUGUGGAUCUGGACUCCUGUCAGCAAUGCAAUCAGAGAUGGGUUAAUGUGCGCAUUACAAGCUAAACAGCCGAUAAAGCCAACCAUGUGUGCCAUAGAGGGCAUUUUACAUUUUGUUCUAAAUGUUACCACUUAGCACUAGCUAACUGCUUAUGGAGAAAGUAAAACAAUCGUGAAAAGUGAAUGUAUGUACAAAAGCAAAGGUGUAUUUGUUUUUCUUGGUUCAUUUUUCUUAUUGUUACUUUUACGUAUGCAAUGUUUUUGAUAGUGUGUGGUUGUUAAAUGUGUUUGAUGUAGUAUGCGGUUUUUGGAACAUAAGAUUAGUAAUUUAUUUGUUGAAUUUAGCCAUUUGUAACCUACAAAAUAAAUAAUAUAUUCAGAAAA